UUAUUAAACUAAAAACGACUCGACAGCCCUGGUGCUAUCGAUGCUAUAAGUAAGUUGAAAACAAAACUAAUUUAGCAAAUUUGUGUUUAAAACUAAACGAGAGAAUCCCAAAAAAUACAAUAUAAAGCGUUCCACACACGCGGCGUAAGAAGUUCUCAAAAAUAUCAACACAGUUAUCACGACGCUGGGAGAAAUCACUCGUUUUUAUUACACCUAUGGGCAGUGGGAUUGUGGUUCAAUUGGCUCGAAAGUACGGCGCAGUGAUAUUCUUUCCCACUGUUGCAGUCGGAUCGAUUUACGCAGAUUGGUCGCACACCCGCCAGUGGAAACGCCAGCAGCUCCAGUUGGCACACCGAGCCCAGCUGAAGGAUCAGCGCUAAGAGGAUACACAAAUAUACACCAUGGUCUUGGGACUGGAUAAGCGAGCACUGUGGGGCGCGUUGCCCCUGCUGGGAUUUGCCAUUGGCCACUUCCUGGACAAGAAGGAAACGGAACGUAUGACCAUGUUCCGGGACAAGAGUGCCCUAUACGGCCGUCCCGCCGGCAGCGAGGGUAAGGCGCCAUCCUGGUAGGCCUGCCCAACAUCGCCAUCCCAAAAUAUUAUUUUUUUUCCCCCAAUUCACUGUUAUUCAAUAAACCGGAGAAAUGU